AUGAGCGCUGCCCCAGCUGUCAAGUUUUUGAAUCCCCACGCUGAGGUCUCCCGUCGUGGCUUGGCGUUGCACGCAAGCAUCACUGCGGCGGGCGGGCUCGAGGAUAUCCUGCGAUCGAACCUGGGGCCGCGUGGCACCCUGAAGCUGCUCGUGAGCGGUAGCGGGGAGCUCAAACUUACCAAGGACGGCGCGGUGCUGCUUCAUAACAUGGAGAUCAUUCAUCCUACAGCCAAGAUCAUCGCAAGGGCCGCGACUGCGCAGGACGACGAGUGCGGUGAUGGUACCACUAGUGUCGUGCUGCUGGUUGGUGAGAUCCUACGCCAGGCGGAACGACCGCUCGUGGACGGUAUUCACCCGCGGCACCUCGUGGACGGGAUUGAGUUGGCCCGGACCGAGCUGCUCCGAAGCUUUAUUCCCAGUGUACAGAUCGCCGUUGAUCGCAACGACCGCGAACAGCUCGGACGGGCCGUUCGCUGUGCGCUCGCGACGAAGCUCUCAGAUGACGCUUUGGUAGCGCAUAUUUCUGACCUCGUUGCCGAUGCAGCGCUGAUCGUGCAUCACGAUAACGAACCUAUCGAUCUCUUCAUGGUGGAAAUAAUGACAAUAGAGUCGCGCACAGCGAUGCACUCGAGCUUGGUGCGAGGUCUGGUUCUAGAUCAUGGCACGCGGCACCCGGAUAUGCCAAAGGAUCUGGAGAACGCGUACGUGCUCACCUGCAAUGUCUCGCUCGAGUACGAGAAACCCGAGCUAGGUGGCGGGUUCUUCUACUCUAGUGCAGGGCAGAGAGAGCGACUCGCACAGGCCGAGCGCGAGGCUGUUGCUCAUCAAGUUGAAAAAAUUUUGCGUCUGAAGCGCCAAGUCUGUGAUGAGGUAGGCACGAAAGCGGGAUUCCUGAUCGUCAAUCAAAAGGGCAUCUCGCCGGAUGCACUGGAGAUGCUAGCACGCGAAGGAAUCAUGGCGCUGCGGCGGGCAAAGCGCCGCAACAUGGAACGCCUCGUUCUUGCGUGUGGCGGUACGGCUGUGAAUUCCCUGGAUGACCUCAAUCCAUCGGUGCUGGGAAAAGCGGUACGAGUCUUUGAAGAAACCCAUGGAGAGGACAAAUAUACCUUCGUGGAGGCGCCCCCGACAGCGCGCAGCUGCACGCUCGUGCUGCGGGGCUCCGACAAGCAAACGCUGCAACAACUGAAGGAUGCCGUGCGGGACGGCCUUCAUACUGCCCGGCAUUUCCUGGAUGACGCCUAUGUCGUACCCGGAGGUGGGGCGUNCGAGUGUGCAGCGUAUCAGCACCUCCAAGCGUACAGCAAAACUGUCCAGGGUCGAGCACGCCUCGGUGUCCAGACCUUUGCCGAUGCGCUUUUGGUGAUUCCAAAGACGCUCGCCGAGAAUUCCGGCCUAGACGCACAGGAAACCGUCCUGCAGAUGAUCGAGGCCCACGAAGCCGGGCGAACGGUGGGUCUGGAUGCGCACUCUGGUGAACUGGUAGAGCCGCUCGGACGCGGCAUCGUUGAUUGCUGCCGGCCGAAACGGCACGCGCUUAGUUUGGCCUCGACAAUCACCACACAACUUCUGCUCGUCGAUGAAUUGCUCAAGGCCGGACGUGAUACCAGAUCGAAAUAG